ACAUACGUGUCAGCGUAACAUAGUAUAAUAAUUAACAGUCGUGCCGUAAUAACAAGCGUUUUAAUAGAUAAGGUAAAUGCCAGCCGACCGAUUCAGUCAUACACCAACGUUUGUAAAGUGUGCGUGUUAAAAAUGUUACUACCCCUUUUCCAUAUUUCUGUGGUGUCGUUUUACGUGUAUUCGUUAUGGUACGAUCAGCAGUAUUUGGAUUUACCAUUGCCGGCGAAGGGGUAUGAGGUUAUGCCUUAUAAGGGCCGCCUCAUGUUCCUAACGAUGUGGACUUUUAUCUUACAAACUAUAUACUUCUUUGUUUCAUUCCUGAACGACUUGAUAGGAUCUAAUGACGCGUCUCCAAAGAAGCGGCCUUUGAUUAGAAUGUUUAAGGACGCCCUAUUCGGCCUGGCCUUCCCCAUGGCUAUUUACGUCGGCAUCAGUUUCUGGAGCAUCUACCACUUCGAUAAGGAGCUUAUAUUCCCUGAAAAAAUUGCGAAAAUUUUCCCACCAUGGCUUAACCAUACAUAUCACUCCUUCAUAGUGUUAUUCAUAGUUUUAGAACUUAUAUUUACUAACAAAACUUAUCUAUCUAGAAAAGUGGGUCUUGUAUUGGCUUUUACAUAUUUUGUUAGUUAUUUAGUUUGGAUGCAUAUUCUUUUUGAGAGAACAGGCGUGUGGCCAUACCCCAUUUUUAAUGUUCUUAAUUUACCAGCUAGGUUAGUAUUUUUUGCCGUAAGCAUUGCUGGAGGAUUAUAUUUGUAUAUUGUGGGCGAAAAGCUUAACUCCUUUGUCUCGACGAGUUGUAAAAAAAAAGUUGACGUUAAACAGAAGAGGCGUUGAUGUAUUCAAUCGUUUUAAACCAGUGUUUGUAAAAUAAAGUUGU